AUGUCGGACGACGUGAAGAACGCGCUCGACACUGUCUUCAUCCGCAAGGGAUUCGACCUCAUUGCGGUGAAUGACCUCCUCCUCGAGGUAUCGCUUCUCUCUGGGUCGAGAUGGCCCCCGAAACAGCCGGAGAGACCCACCGCGCAGCCCAUACUCGUCUCGGUAUCUCUACCUACGGACGUCGUCCCCGCCGCCGUUGGGGAUGAACUGACCAAGUCAAUCAAUUACUCUGCAAUUGCCUCGUCCCUGCGGAACUCUGUAACCGCCGAUCACGCGUUCGCGAACUUGGAGGACAUACUCGAUCAUGCGUUGAGGACAUUACUGGCACCGGAGUCGGUGCUGCGACCGUUCAUCACUCAGAUUUACGUUCGGCUUGUGCAAGUCAAGCCACCACUUCACUGUGCCAGUGUGGGGCUGGAAGCGGUGGCGAAGGCGGGCGAGCCGGGGCUCUGGACGAUUACAGAUAGGCGAUACUUCGUGCGCGACCUGGAGGUCGACGCAGUGAUCGGCGUCAACCAGUGCGAAAGAGAGGAGAAGCAGAUCGUUCGGUUGAACGCGUCACUCGAGGCGGGCAGCGCACCGGGAAGCGUAGACUUCAGAAGCCUGACCAGGAGGCUAUACUCGGCUUUGGGUCAAACGGAGUACCUCACCCUCGAGUCUUUUACCAAUCAUGCUGCUCUCGAAGUACUCCGCGAUGUACGCUCCUCAAUUCCCUCCCCAGCCGUCACAGUCAGCGCAGCCAAGCCUUACGCGCUCGUGUUCGCUGGCUCAUCCGAGGUCGUCGUGCGGCGAUCUCUGUCGGACUUCCCAACUUCAUCGCUCUCCGAGGAGCGCGUCACCCCAAAGUCAUCCAUCCACCGGGCAGCCAUCGCUCUAGGCGCUAAUAUCGGGGACAAGUUCCACAACAUUGAGUAUGCCCUGCGCUUGCUGGAGGCUGCGCCCCGCCUUGGUGUAGACCUUGAAGUGGAGGCACCGGUGGUAGACAUCGUGGACACCAGCUUCCUGUACGAGUCGGCGCCGAUGUACGUGACGGACCAACCGUCUUUCAUCAACUGCGCGUGCAUGAUCGAGACCAAUGUGCCGCCUGUUGCUCUCCUUCGUUUACUCAAAAAGAUCGAGGAGAUUGUUGGCCGCGUACCCUCCGUGCGCAACGGCCCGCGAGCCAUCGACCUCGACGUCGUCUUCUACGACGACGAAGUCAUCGACACCAGGCCACCCGAAGACCAGGGCUCGCUCGACAACUUGCAGGGACAUCUUGUCGUACCCCAUCCGCGGCUGCACGAGAGGGACUUUGUGCUUCGCCCGCUGGCCGACAUGAUCCCCGACUACGUCCAUCCCUCUUUCUGCAAGUCCAUCUCGCGCAUGGUCUCCUCGCUUGCCAGCACGUCCUCCGAGCCGCCCCUCAAGCGAGUCAUUCCCAUACCUCGUCUACCCCUGACAUCUCCUACCGAGGCAGACGAGUACGGUAUAGCCCCAGUCCCAGAAACCCUCACAUCUUGGACGUACACCCCGGCGAACCCUGGGCGUGAUGCUAUGCUCAUGGCUACGCUCAACGUCACACCAGACUCCUUCUCCGACGGCGCAGAGCACAGCCAGCUCUCCGAUGCCCUUGCAUACGUCGACGAGUCCGUCUCCGCCGGUGCCAGCAUCAUCGACAUUGGCGGUUACUCUACGCGCCCGGGCGCCGCCUACGUGUCGCCGGAGGAAGAGGCCCAGCGCGUCGUGCCGGUGGUACAGGCCAUAAGAGCCAAGGACGGUCCGGCGCGGGACAUACCCAUCAGCGUCGAUACCUUCCGCCCAGACGUCGCUGAGGCAGCCAUCCGGGCCGGCGCGAACUGCAUCAACGAUGUCUACGCGUUCAUGGGCGCCGACGCAUAUCCCUUCGAUGAUGUGGGGCACAAAGCGAAGUCAGAUGCUGUCCUCGUCAGCAUGAAGGAUAUCGCAAGACGCUACGCCGUGCCUGUAGUGCUGAUGCACUCGCGGGGCGAGGCGGGCAAGAACAAGGAUUACAGCGCGUAUGCGUAUGCGGGGGAAGGAGCAGAGACUGUCGAGGGAGUGCGGGUGGAGCUCGGGGACAUCGUCGAACGGGUCGUUCGGGGCAAGGGAGGCGUUCGCAGGUGGCUUGUCAUCGUCGACCCCGGUGUAGGCUUCAGCAAGACUGUCCAAGGCAAUCUUGCGCUGCUGAGGGAUGGCGCGCAGGUCGUAGCCGAUGUGUUCAUUGGUCCAGAAGGCCAGCGACGUCGAAAUCCUCUAGCGGGAUACCCUGUCCUCGUCGGCACGUCGCGCAAGUCGUUCCUCGGAUCGAUUCUUGAAGCCGGAAUCAACGCUAGGAGAACGGAGGGGAGGGAGAGGGAUUGGGCGACGGCUGCAGCGAUCACAUGCGCCGUUCAGCAGGGUGCGCUCUUGAUUCGUGCGCACGAUGUACAGAGGAUGGCGGAUGUGAUCACAGUGGCGAAGGCGCUAACCUGA